AGUAAUGGGGUUUUAAGCUCGCUCUCGACGAAGACAGGGACCAAAAGAGGAAAAACAGUUGACUGCUCAGCCCACGCUAAACCGGACUUCUCACCAAAUAUCAAGCAGAGAAUGCAGCAAAUGGAGGUAGCUGAUUAUGUUAAUGAGCCACCUAGACCAAAGCAGAAAGACAGUGGGGAUGCAAAUCAAACAGAGAGAAGACUCUGCCAGGUGCUUCUCCUCAGCUUUGGGCUGCUGUGCGUCAUACAAGCCAUUCUCAAUGUUUCUCUACGCCUGGCAUACUGCCAUACAACUCAUGACAUGAUCAAGGACCUGGAGGAGGACAGGCUGAGGACUGCUCAAUGGGAGCAUUUCAACGGUAGUUUCUACUACUUUUCUUCUAUCACCAAAACCUGGCAUGAGAGUAGAGAUGACUGUCUUCAAAAGGGUGCACACCUGGUGAUUAUCAACAGCAGAGAAGAACAGAAUUUCACGACAAAAUUUGGGAAGAGACUGUGGAUUGGCCUGACUGACUCAGAGACAGAGGGGACGUGGAAAUGGGUGGAUGGGACUCCACUGAACCAAAGCUACUGGCAUUCUGUGGAGCCUAACGGUGGGAACGAUGAAAACUGUGUGGAAAUACUUUCUGUUGAUUCAGAAAACAACUGGAAUGAUAAUAAUUGUCUCGUUCUAUUCAACUGGAUCUGUGAAAUGAAAGUCCGUCCAUAACUCUGCCACCAAACCCAACCAACAGAACAUUAAGGAUGAUAAAUAUAUUGCUGAUACAAUUUUAAUCUUCACAAAAACAACCUGAAUAUCCCUCCUGUUGAUAAAAAUUAUAAAAAAAGUGGGGAAAACAAAAAGUCAAAAAGCGCCAAAAAAACGACAAAAACAUCGGGAAAAGUGAGAAAAAGUGUCGACCAAUUUUAGUUUUAAAAUUUUGACCCAGAAAAACAACAAGUUGCAGGUCGACGGGAAAACAACACGAGGGAUAUGCUCUUGUGGACACAUGAUUUCCAAGUAAAAACAGCAUUUUAGGAUUUGCCAGCAGUUUUAUAAUAACAAUAUUACACUUGAGGAGCGUACACGUCACUGAUGCACCUUUCAGACCUCAAAAUGAAAUAAAUAAUAAACAAACGUCAACGUUAAACGCUGAUGCAGUUUCAAAUGUUUUAUGAUUUUAGAAAGGAGGUUAACCAAUAUUUUAUAUUAAUCCUAUUUUUUCUUGUCAAAUUUCAUAUCCAUGAAUGCAGCUUUUGAAAUUAUAGAAGAUUAAAAAGAUUUAGCCUAUAAUAAGAUAUAGGUUAACGUCCUCUUAUCUAAAUGUUAGAUAUCAGAUCCUCAUCCAAUGGGAGACAUGAAACCCUUUUUAUUGGCACCUACUCUUCUGUGGUCUCAUAUGUCAGAAUUGUAAAAGUGUAUUAAUUUUAGUAUUAUGUGGGUAAGCCACUCACAUAAUACUAAAAUUAAUACAUUGUUGACCUAUAAUUUUUCACUUGGCAUACGUUUUUUAUGUUAAGCUUGUCCUUUUUUGGACUUGAAUUUGGCAAAUAAGAAAAGUAUGGCUAUCAAUAAUUUUAACAGCAUUCAAUUAAUAGACACACACACACACACACACACACACACACAGACACACAGACACACACACAGAUAUACACACACACACACACACACACACACACACACAGACACACAGACACACACACAGAUAUACACACACACACACACACACAGAGAGACACACAUACUCACGCGCAGCCAUCAGUCUGAUCAGGAAGUCACAAACACUCACAUCCUGUUAGAUCUGUGCCACGUUCAGCCCACACAAAACGUAGCUACA